UCGUCUCUUCCCAGACCCAGUUCCUACUUCCCAAAUCCUGAUCUCCCUUCUCCGAGGCCGUGAGCCACCCUCCGUUCGGCGUCGCCCUCCUGCAUGAUGUUCGCUACAUCCUGCGCGACGUUGCUGCCUUUCGAAACAAUACUCCACGCCUCUCCGCCACGCCACUUCGCCACCCGUCUGCCGCCCGCAACUCACGAUAAAAUGGAAGCUUCACAAGCUCAUACUCAACAAGAUUCAAAUGCACCUUAUCCUCAAGAACAUGGAGAGAAACCCCAAUCUCAGUCACAUACAGAAGCUACUGUAACCACAAGAAAGAAGAGGAAAAAUCCCGAGCAAAGAUCCUCUCAUUGGGCAUACUACACUGUGGUCGAAGUUGAAGUAGGGGAUCCUCCCAUUUUAAAGAAGAAAGCAAAAUGCAACCGGUGUGGCACCUUAAUUGCAACUGAUUCAUCUAGAAACGACACCACUGGUUUGAAAAAUCACACAGAGGUUUGCAAGAGAAAGCACGAGGUGUCAGGUGGUCAAGCGAAGUUGAGUUUUUAACCUGUUCUCGGUGAUGGAAAUAGAAGUGGCGUUAUCAAUUUGGAAGUUUAACUAAAAGGAAAGCAAACUGGCUUUGUGUGAGAUGAUCAUUCUAGAUGAACUCCCGUUCCGAUUUGUAGAACGGAAAGGAUUUAGAAAAUUUAUUGCUCAUGUUUCCAGGCAGACAAACGAUUAAAGAGGAUGUUGUGAAGCUAUUUGCUGAGAAGAAAGGUGAUUUGAAGGGAUAUUUCACGAAUAAGGGCAUGAGCAGAGUAUCUAUCACCACUGAUUUGUUGGACUGCAAUCAAUAACAUAAUUUUUAUUUGUGUUACAGCUCAUUUCAUAAGAAAGGAUUGGAACCAGCCUCUAAGACCGCCUCAAGAUGAAGAUUGGGUGAAUGUGAGGAAAUUUAUGGAGUACUGGAAGACUUUCUAUGAUUUGACACUUCUCUUCUCAGGAACCUCUUAUGUCACAUCACAUUUGUUUUUCAAAGAAAUGUGUGAUUUAUUUGAGAUUA